ACAAAAUAUUUUCUAAGAAGCAGUAUGUCGGCUGCGUCGAGGGGCGGCGACGCGGGAUUCCGCAGUCAUGCUGAGAGCCUCAGCGGAGUCGGUGGACACACGUCGCGAACCCCUUUAUCCUUGCGAGAAAAAAUCAUUUCGUGACAGUUUCCUUAAAAAACUUAUGUUAUCGACGAGUGAACCCGUCACUGAAUUCGGCCAUGUAAAACUCACGAGAUCGUUAUAACGAAGCGCCAACGUCUGUGAUAAUGAUUCCCGUAGUUUCAUGAGAAUACUCAAAUUUAUUUUAUAUACACACGAAAUAUACAUGUUUAGUGGAGUGUUAUAUAUGAUACAUAUGUGCUACGUAGUGAUUUUAUGAAAGCUGGGCACAUUUAAACUCUCAAGACUGGAUUACUACUAAUAAAAACACAAGACCACGACCUCGAGCUAUUUCAACAGUGGUAAUGAAAAGAAAAGCAACGAAAUUAAAAAAAGCCUCGAAGUAGCCGGACCGUCGCCAGUGGCUGCGGUCAUCAUCAAAACUUAGAUACUCCACGGCGCUGUCAUUCGCGGGGAUUACCCGCCGCGUGGAUGGUGGCGGGCGAAUGGGGCUAUGCGCCGGCGUCGGCCACCCCUGCCAUGAAUGCGUUCCUCGAGACCAAUCACGCCCACCUCGCCUCGUAUGGGUUGAAGAUGUCGCCCCAGCCGGCAUGCGGCGUCGAUCCCCAACACCGUGCCGUGGCGCCGCAUCCACCGCCUCCUCAUCAUCCGGCCCACUACCAGCCGUACCCCUUGCACUCGUACCAACCAGGGUACUUGCGGGAUUACAGUGGAUGCGGCGAACUAUUCCCGCAGCAGCCUCUCGAACAAAGCUGGGAUUGGCGUGGUGACAUGCACUACCAGAGUGGCGCUCCUCCCAUCGUGCCUCACGCCCACCCUCAUGCGCCGCACGCCUUCCUACGAUACGUCCGAGCGCCGCCACGACGUGAUAUGCGUUGCCAGUGGCUCGACCCGGAGCAGCCGCCCCCGCGUAAAUUGUGUAAUAAACUAUUUUCAAGUAUGCACGAAAUCGUGACGCAUUUAACCGUGGAGCACGUCGGUGGACCUGAGUGCACGACUCACGCGUGCUUCUGGCAGGGCUGCUCACGAAACGGCAGGCCGUUCAAGGCGAAAUACAAGCUGGUGAAUCACAUCCGGGUUCACACAGGAGAGAAGCCAUUCCCUUGUCCUUUCCCCGGCUGCGGGAAAGUUUUUGCAAGAUCGGAAAAUCUUAAAAUACACAAAAGAACGCAUACUGGCGAAAAACCGUUCAAAUGCGAAUACGCCGGGUGUGAUCGAAGAUUUGCAAAUUCAUCGGAUCGAAAGAAGCAUUCGCACGUGCACACGUCGGAUAAACCUUACAACUGUCGGAUCCACGGCUGUGACAAGUCAUACACGCACCCGUCAUCGUUAAGGAAACACAUGAAGGUGCACGGAGCUGCCGGAGACGCUUCCCCUAGGUACGACAGCGACGGUGAUGACUCAUCCUCAGCCGGCAGCGUCAGCGUAACAGCCGGCGCCGCCAGUCCCACUGUACCACUUCCUCCUGCCGCCCAACCAGCGCACCCGCCAUCCGGUCACCACCCCCAUCACCAACCAACCAUAACGGAUAAAUUAGAAAGCCUCAACGAAAAAUACCUCAAUCCCCACGAUCAGAAACCUUACGAGCGACCGCCAGCGCCCCCACAUCACAACCAAGGCCCGCACUUAACGAACAUAGGCGGUAACGGGGUCAUGGAUAAUAAAAUAGGGUUCGGCGGUCAUUGGAGUCAGUUUCAGCAACCGGCGCCGGCGAUGCCUCACGGGGUACCAGAGUGGUGGUGUCCCACGCAGGAAUCGUACCACCAUCACCAUCUCAUGCAUCACUCGGGCGCCGCGGCCGCAUACUGACCUCAUCGCGCUUAGGAAACUCUUCAUUCGACGUUAUGUUAAAUUUCCAUGUCAUAUUUUCAUAUUUCACAAAUUAUCCCCAUUUAAAGCAACCCCUGACGUGGAAUGAAAAGUUUACUAAAGCGCUGUGUGGUUUUUUUUAUUUUAAUAGGGAGUGUUACGCUUAUUACUAAAUAACGAAUAGUCCAAGUUAAUUCCGACCAUUUCUACAAAAUAGAAACCAAAACGUCAGCCGUCCCAAUGUGUUAAGAAUCCUCAUUUAAAAAAAAAAAGAGUUAUCUAUGUAUUUCGAGAAAUAAGACAAAGAGGUCGCUUACUAUCAACAAUAGAACUUCGUGACAAAUCUAAGGUUCGUUUGUGAUAAUGAUUUAAAGCGUGAGCUAAACAAUCGCCUUGUUUUACAUUUGCAAUAAAUUUUCCGUAAACGUUCACGUAAGAAUGGCAAUGCUUGAUUUUGUUUUUGUGGAAAAUUAUUCAUUGUUAUUCUAAGUAUUGUCCGUUAGAUCUAUUUGUGAUGUAAGGGACUCGGUUACACAGCGUAAAUUGUCAACUUCUUUGCUGACAAUGAUUUAUUGCAAGUUUUUGUGGAGGAGACAACGAAUACGCGGACAAACGGUAUUGUUCGAAUUUUUCAAACUUCUCAGUAUCGUUUGGUGAUGGUUUUUUUUUUUAAAUGAAUUCAUUACGCUGUCUAAAAAGAUACUCUGUGCUGUUUUAAUAAAACCUUUUUUUUAUUCCUAUCGCACUGGCCAAAGCACAGAUAACUAAUGAAACUACGAUUUAUGGGUUGUAAAGAAUAGUACAUGUAAAUUUUUUAGUUACGAUUACUUAUAAUAUAAAAUGUUACUGUUAAGAGAAAAUAUCCAGUGAUAGUAGAAAUAAGGGUUUGUAAGUAAUUUUAUUGUAAUUAAAUACACUCGUGAAAUGUGGUUGCUAUUUAACUGUGCUAUUCAUUACUGUAAUUACGUGAGCUCGUGUAUAAUAUUUAUAAUAAAAAAGUAAUGCUAUUUUUUCACACAACGAACGAAGUUUAUACUAAACUCGUACCUCUGCGUACUUACUGACUGAAGAAAAGUGUACGAAGUCUGUUAUUAUUAAGAAAACGAAUGUUGCCUUUACUAUGGCCCUGUAAAUAGCGAGAAAUAAAUAUAAAGAAAUUUGAAUGAA